AAAAGAUAAUAAUGAAUAAGUUGAAUUCGGUUAAAAGUUAACCGUCAGUUGUGAAACUGAUUAAGUUUGUUUUUUUAUUUCUACACUCUCUGAACUUGUAUACACACGAUGCAAUAAGUUGAAAUGAGACAAAUAUACAAACAAAUAUAUAAUUUGUUUCACUUCAACUUAUUGCAUCGUAUAUGUACACCAGUUUAGAGAGGGCAAGAAUAAAAAACAGCAAAAACUUUUAUAACCAAACUUUUUUCUUUUUCCUUUAUCUUUUCAAUUAUUUAAAAACGUGUAAUUACAAAGAACAGUCAAUUGUAUGUCAAAUUCGUUGCAAGGCAUUUGUAAUCAUUUAUAACGCUGUGUGGUGUGUAAAAAUCGAUCCAUUCUUUUAGAUGCAACGCAUCUAAACGUCAAAUACGUAAAAGUGUACAUAUAUAAAAAAAGGUAUCUUUAAGAUAAUGAAAUAAUCUUUCUCAUAAAAAUACCAAUAAACAAAACGCCACAGUCUAUCCUGGAUAAUAUUAAGAGCAAGGCUUACCCGACAAUUAAUGAAAAACAAUACAAUAUGGCUUCAGCAUCCAGUACAAGCGCACGUAGCUUGUUCAUUGAGUCAAAGAUGAGAUUGGCAGAUAGAGUGCAAGUUAAUGUCAACAAUAUUGCUUCACUUGCUAGGCAGAUACAACGAGGUUCCAGAAGCAACGAAAUUUUGACACAUGCAGCAAGGAAUUUUGCACAACAGGAACAUGGAUUGGAAAUGAUAGAAUCCAAUUUGAAGAAACUUGCACUUAUUGCUACUCAUUUGGAAUAUCAAAUGGAUGCAAUUGAUAAAAGUUCGGUAAUGUUAGAAGAAGUCACUGAGCAAGUACGAUCUAUGCAACGAUAAUGUAGGAUAUAUAUAUAUAUAUAUAUAUAUUUUAUGUUGUAUAUAAGAGUUCUAUGUG